GUCUCCACACCCUGACACGCUCCGAAGAGGAAAAACAAGAGGAGGAGAAAGAAAGCUCGACUACUUCAUUUGUACAGAAGUCGUGUGUGUUCCACGUACAAAAGAACACUGAUUUUACACCCGACUGAUCGUGGAGAGAAAAACAGCUCUGCAAGAACGACAGGAAACUCCAGAAAAGAUUUAAGCGUCUCUACAAAGUCAAGAUUCAAGCUGGCGGGCCGGGUGAGGGAUCUUCAGUCCCAGGAAGAGGGUGGCAUUCGGGAAAACGGCGACACUGUGAAAAAACCUUCCAGAUUCACCCAAGAAGAGAAAAUGAUUGUGACUGAAAUUGAGAAGGAGAUUCCCAUGCGUGUGUCCCUGCCUAUUGAGGUGAUGAGUCCUGACCAGGCAUUUCCUUUCCUCAACACGACACUUGCAGAUCUGGGCAUUGACGAAUCGGCAGUGAAAGAGCGUGUGGUGUGGGUAGACACCAAGCGCACAAAGGUGAGGAGCAGAUCGGGGAAACUUAAAGAGAAGGAAGUGUCGGUGCUGGAGGUACGAGUGAAGGCACAACUGCCGGGUCAAGCCAAAUGCCAGGAGGUUCUCUACAGCACCGAGUCACACACGGACCGCUCUUACUGCCGCAGCGGCAUCAUCUUCCAGCCGUGGACACGCGCUCAAACAGGUUAGGAAAUCCUGAAGUUUCAUUUUGUGCGAGGAGAACUAACGCACCAGACACUCGGAAUUUUAGUCAGUAGAACCGAUAUUGCCGCACUGGAAGACCGUGUGGUGCGAUUUAUCAGUAUGGUUGUGAAGAAUUUUCCUUGUAACCAAUUAACAAUAAUUUUUUAUUUUUAUUUUUUUUUGCAGUUGACAAUGAGAUGGUGGAAAUGACCCUGGCUUUGGAUACACAAUCCCAUACCACAAAAGACAAGUCAGAAGAGCAGUUGGAAUGAACAUAGAUCAUCAUCAUAACACACUAACAUCAUGCUGUUAUUUGACCUUUUUAAGAUAUGACCGGUCUCUAACCUGCUUCUUACUGCAAUACUGCUUAAAUACAGACUGUUAUUUCUGGGAUUUUAUUAAAUCCUUGUCUAGGUGUAAAAAUACUCAGACAUUUCCCCCAAAUGUGGUUACAGUUAGCCACUGAUAACCGCAUGGAAAGAUAGUAAUAUAAUAGUAAUGAUCGUUUCUUCACGAUCAACGUGUUUUAAAGGAGUUUCUUCUAACACAGGCAAGUAAGGCUUAGAAAAAAAAAACACCUCUUCUCUUCUUUGUAUAGAAAACUGAAGAUUAAGCGGUGUGUUCCAGGAACGAAAACCAGGAACGUGCAAGGAGAUCAACUUCUUCUGAACAUGCUUUGUGGAACUGCUGAUCUCAACACGAGCUUCUAUACAUUUAAACGAUUUCCUAAAUAUACGUCUUCUCUUUAUAUAACCAUCCUGAGUCGCUGUAGUGAGGGUUCAACGUGCUGAGUGGCCGUCUAGAGAAAACCGCUAGGCGUUUAAGAAGAACUGCAUCUUUCAUUGCGACGUGAACCUCCGAACAUACUCAAAGGAUAGGAUUUCCCGAGGUUGUUAUGUAUGCAGCAGAUCAAACUAGUAUCAAAACAAGCCAAAAUAACGGUUAAUAAAAGAAAUGUCAAAUUCUUACAAAGACAAAAAAAAAGAAAA